UCUGACACCUGACUCCGCGUUCGCGCAGUGUCUGAUGAAAUUCUCCGUGUGAAAUGCCAUUGUUGCGCGUUCGAUCUGUAUCUUGUCAGAAAUCGUUUUCGCAAGGCAGCAAGGUCUAGGAGGGCAGUCGGAGCUCUAGGCCACCGUCCGGAUGCCUAACCCUAAGAGUCUGCCCGAUCUACCGGAAGACUAUACCUCAAAGUUCUUUUUCAAUGAUGUAGUCACCAAGCUCGUUGACGACAAUUUUAGAGGGCACGUCUUGCGAUGCUGGGCGGAUGAGGACGAUAUGAUGGGUAUGGGCUCGGAUCCAACGAAUCCCAUCGAGCGGCCACUUUUAAGAGGGGAAGUCGGCAUCCGGAACAUGAGGACCCAGGAGCUGCUGAUCUGCCCUGAGUCCUCAGUGGUCCUCUUUCACCGUGCUUUCAUCAAUGGCGACAUCGUCAAGCGAUCUCUGACGUCUCACGACUCGGCAGUGAUCAUCGAUCAAUCUUCUGAAGUUCUGUUGGAACACUUGGGAACGAAGAAGCGGCUGAACCAAUGGAUCCAGCAAGAUAAAUUAAGGUCCCACUUCCUCGUUGAAGUAGGAGACAAGGUUGUAUCUGAUAAUUGGCUGGGAAGCGUCGAGAGUGUGAUUCGUCGGGCUGUGGUCAAGCGACAUGAUGCCGACACAGCGUACCGAGUCUUUGACCUGGCUACAUCGAUGGAUCCUGGUCGAGCCCUUCACGAACUCAUGCCCCGAUCGGACGAGCGUGGCGAGGAGCUCUUGUUCGAUAAAGGGGACCUGAAAGAUAUCGUCUUGUCAAGUGAAAUAGUUAGCAUCCGGGUAGCAUGGCACGUCCUCAACCAAAAGCUGCCGAUAUCGGCUCAAGAUGACUAUCCCGAACCUCCAAAGCAAUGGACAGGCGAUAAGGUUUGGGAACUGAUACAUUUCGCAAUGGAUGAUCGCCGCCCGGUUCAGCUUGGAGAUGGAAUGUUUAUCACUGAUAGGGCCUUGAGAGAUUCAUUAGAAAUUGAAGACUCGGUGUAUACGACGAGAACUGAUUUUCGCCCACGGCCGGUCAAGAGCACAAUCUCUUCCCUCAAGAUCGUCGGUGCAAGGUCGAAAUUGACUCUGAGAUGGCAAAAUGGUUCGGUGACAACCGAUUGGGCUAGCGACGUGGUCCCGUACCAGAAUGUCGAUGAGUAUGAGACGUGGCCUGGCGAUUGUGUCAUAUGGAAAGGAGACUCAGGUCAACGCAUCCCGGCAGUCGUGCAAACUUUCGACGCGCACAAUCGAGUCGCCGAUGUAUUCUGUCUUGAUGGAAGAGAGAAGCCACGCGAGAUCAUUUCUGCACUCGAGCUAGACCCUGGUCUAUCUCAAGUAUACGGAGUUGGUAUCGGAAGCAUUGUUCUCCUCUGUGAUGACAACGGGGCGCCCCUACCCGAGGUCCCCAGUCUUGGUCAGGGUGACUAUUCUCGUGACCUGACUUGGGAGACCGAGGUAUUGGAAGAAUGCCGGAAACAUCCACCCACAAUGGGGCUCGACAACGAAGUGACGAGCACUGAGCCUAUCGGCGACCCGUCGGCUAUCGACUGGUGGGGGGAAGUCAAGGCACUCAAACUCGAUGGGACCGUCGAGGUCAGACUAGCUAAUGGAUCUUCUAAAACAGUCGGACUCAAGAAUAUCUAUCUGCUUAGAGGGACGCUGGAAGACGAAAUCAUGGACCCACUAGAGGACAUGCCAGGGGGAGAAGGCAUGAUGAUGAACGGAAUGCCCCCUAUGAUGAUCAGUCCCACGGGCCAUAUGGCAAUGAUGAUACCAAAUGGCAUGGUCAUGGGUGGUUUCCCACCCUUAGAUGAUUUACACGACUAUGACGACGAUGGAUUCGACGACGGACAUCCCGAGGAGGAGGACGAUAGCAUGGGUUCCGACCUGCAUUCAGGCUCCGAAACGUUCUCUGAGCAGAUGGAGAUUUACCAGAGGGCAGAUUUGCAUGAUGAUGAUUGCCCGAGCAUUGAGAGAGACGCUGAGCUACUGGAAAACCUUGGGAUGGAAGUGGAGGAUGAGGAGACUAGGGAUGCCGAGGAAGCUGAAAAGCUCGCUCUGGGUACGACAUCUGAAUCUCCUCAAGCGACGCCCAGCACCUUACCGCCUGCCAAUGGCGACGCCGGACCAUCGAAACCGAGGCGAGUCCUCAACGAAGACUGGCAGAGAUUUGAUAUAUCGGAGGAAGCCCCUGCCGAUCACCACUUCAUCAAGGAGACUGUCUCGACACCGGAACGAUCCUAUCUUUCUCGAGUGAACAGAGAACUUACAGCUCUUCGAUCUUCUCUACCUGAAAAUAUCCUCGUCCGAACAUAUGAAAACCGAACCGAUCUUGUCCGGUGUCUCAUCAUUGGACCCGAAGGGACACCCUACGCCAAUGCGCCGUUCGUCUUUGAUGUGUUUAUGGAUCCGACAAAAUUUCCAAGAGAACCUCCCAAAGUCCAUUUUCACUCUCAUACAAACGGUCAGGGACGGUGCAAUCCAAACUUGUAUGAAGAUGGAAAAGUGUGCCUUUCCGUGCUUGGUACGUGGUCAGGCGAUAAGUCGGAAUCCUGGAAUCCUCGCACGUCUUCCCUGCUCCAGGUUUUUGUGUCCAUUUCUGGACUCGUCCUCGUGCGCUCGCCGUAUCAUUGCGAACCGGCUUUUGCAAAGCUUGAAGGCACGCGAGAGGGACGAGUCAACUCCCGACAUUACUCUGAGAAAGCUUAUGUCCUUUCCCGUUCCUUCGUCCGAACAGCUUUGCAACGCCCACCGACUGGCUUUGAAGAUGCGUUGCGGACAUUCUACUAUGACAAGGGUAGACUGAAAGAUGUCAUCGAUCAUGCCAAGCGCUUGAUCGACAAAACUGAGGCGUCCGCUGCCAAGGGAGCCAGUGUAGAGGAAGAAGACGAGAACGCAGAAAUGUGGAAUGCGGACGCUAUCGGGAGCUUGACAGUGGGUGCAAGUCUGACCUUGAAGCGCACGAUUAGUUCUUUGCAAACAUUGUGGGAGGAUCAUCUUGCCAAAGCAUAGUGCUUGCCUUUGUCCGAACU